GGGAUGGAGCUCUCGAACGGCACUGAUUUGUGUGCGAACUUUGUUUUCGGGAAGUCUUCGGUGCUCCAAUUAUUGGACUGCACACCCCUCGCCCCGUAUCUGCCGCUCAUUCUUCUGACUGUGUUUACCUCGAUUCUCUUCUACGUUCUGGCGCUCACCGCGGACAAGUACCUGUGUCCUGCACUCGUCGAAUUAUCCAAGCUCCUCGGUCUGUCUGAGUCGCUGGCCGGGGUGACACUUGUCGCUUUCGGCAAUGGCGCCCCGGACGUGUUUUCAGCCCUGAGCGGCAUCCGACAAAACAAGAGCUCCAUGGUGUUCUCUCAGCUUUUCGGGUCGGGAGCUUUCGUCAGCGCCCUGGUCGCUGGUAUCGUGAUGAUCGUCGUCCCUCCGUUCGAUGUGGACUGGCCGAGCUUUUCUCGUGACAUGAUCUUCUACAUGAGCGGAUCGAUAUUCACGUUUUACGUUUUUUACCGGAGCAAAAUUCACCUCAUGCAUGCCGUCGCAUUCGUCGCCAUCUACGUGAUAUACAUCGCCGCGGUCGGACUUUUCUCGAGUUACUGGCAGUCGGAACAGACGCUCGAGCUGGACGAGGAGGCUAUGUCGGAUCAUUCGUCGCUAUACGGCUCGAUGAAGUCUGUCUUCGACUCAGCGUUGAGCGUCGUCAGAGCUACGAAAUCGAAUAAUCUCACCGAUCCCGUCGUUUUAACAUCCUCCUACGGCACCUUCGACCAAUCCGGGAGUACCCUUUUCGACAGUGGGCGCUUCACCGAAGAUACGUCGUCGCACUUCAUCUUCGCCGAGCUCGUCCUGCACACCUUGCCCUGGACUUGGGAUAAACUUCGCGGGAUGCCCUGGUAUUCCCAAGCUAAAAGCAUUCUCCUCUUGCCCGUGAAUCUGCUUCUUUCUCUGACCAUCCCAGUGGUGGAUAGAGAUGUUUUCAAGUCGAAUUGGUGCAAAACCCUAAACACCGUGCACUGCGUGCUCACGCCGGCGUUCACCGUUUUCCUAUUUUCGGGAGACUUCGACGUCUACGGGGUCCCGCUGAGUCUCUGUGUUCUCCCCGUCUCACUCACACUCGGAGCGCUGGUAUUCUGCACUUCGAGAAUCAACGAAGCUCCGAAGUAUCACGUAGCCUUCGCGUUGAUGGGUUUCGCGGCUUCCGUUGCCUGGAUCUUCAGGACCUGCGAAAUUCUCGUUUGCACGUUGAGCGCGAUCGGGACGGUCAUGGGGAUUCCCGAUUCGAUUAUGGGGCUGACAGUUCUCUCGUGGGGGAGCAGUCUCGGAGAUCUCGUCACGAAUAUAGCGAUCGCGAAGCACGGAUACGCAUCUAUGGCGAUCUCGGCAGCGUUCGGGGGAAUCCUACUCGACAUGCUUUUAGGACUCGGCAUUCCGUAUGCGAUUCUCGUGCUGAGUACUGAGGAGUGGGUCAUGGAGCUGGAAUGGACCUACGCCGUGGUUCCUCUUUUCGCAGGAGUUGUUUCCUUCAUCCUUGUUGCGAGCGCUGGUUUAUAUUCAAAUCAGUGGCGCACAUCGAAAUUACAAGGCUGCGUGUUCAUAUCGAUUUAUGCUAUAACUGUUACGGUAUCGGUAGCCAUUUCAAUAGCCGAGUCGCUAGGUGGCUUCACAUGACAUCAGACUUAUUCGCGUUUUCACGUCACUCAAAAAAAAUCGACGAAUGAGCUCUUGCGAAAGAUCUCGCUCGCCAGCGGUAUCGGAAGUAUCACACAUCGGAUCCCAUCGCAUCCCGAUUUCUGUCCUUCAAUCGGUUCUCGCCGGAUGUGGACGGGAACCGGAUCGAUUGAACCUGAAGGUCUGAUGUGAAAUCAUCAUCUCGCUGACAAGAAGCGUGAAUCAAACUUCUCUGCUUCAUGCAACCCUUCGAAUGUAAACAGCCCCUUGUUUAGAUUACGGUAGAGAAUUGUGAAUGAUAAAUGUAUUUCCGUCGGGACGCAUCGAGAUCUAUCCGAUGCCUUCAAUGAUGAAUGA